GCUCCUUCUACAAUAGGUAAGGAGUGGGACGCAGAAACGGCGAGACAUCUUCACGGGUAAAGGGAAGACAGAGUGCAUUUGUUUUGGGUUUUUUUUUGGGGGGGUGUGGGGGCUAAAUGAUGAGAAAGGGCAGACGAGAAGGAACUAAAGUUGGGACUGAAAGUGAGGGUAACCCGAGAUGAAGAGGUUGUGACAGCGGCCAGUGCGGAGCUCCUGAAGAAAUAAGUUGGUCUCGCUCUUUGAUUAGGAUCCUUCAGUUAAAAAAAAAAAAAAACAGAGAAAACUCAGAGACAGCUUCUUGUCCCCUUCAACUGCCACAACAGACAGACAGGCCGGAAGAAAGUGAGCCACCAGGAGAGUCAGUACAGGUGUCGAGACAACAGGUGGACGGCCCAACAUGCUACCCGCGCUUCUGCUUCUCUGCGUGCUCGACGGAGUAGGGGCGUCCACCCCUGGAGCCGGGGCUGAUGAGCGGAUGCAGGACAGGCGAGGGGGAGCAGCGGCCAUGCUGUGCCCAUCGCCAUGCCAGUGUGAGCAAGACGCUAUCUUCGUCAUGGUGGACUGCUCGGAGUUGGGACUAUCGUCUGUGCCGACCAACAUCAGCCCUCUCACCACUUACCUGGAUCUAAGCAUGAAUAACAUCAGCGAGAUCCAGCCAAGAGCCUUCCACCGACUGCACCUGUUAACAGAACUGCGAAUCUCUGGAAAUCAGCUGAGGUAUAUUUCUGGCCAUGCUCUCCAGGGACUCCACAACCUUAAAGUUUUGAUGCUACAAAACAACCACCUUGAAAGACUUCCUGACGAUUCUCCGUGGGACCUUCCCAAUCUGCUUUCAUUGCGUCUGGAUGCUAACCUCCUGUCAGAAGUUCCUGCUGCCGCCUUUAGAGGAGUUCCCUCUCUAAGACACCUGUGGCUGGAUGACAAUUCCCUGACAGAGAUCCCAGUAACAGCCCUGGAUGCUCUACCCUCUCUUCAGGCCAUGACCCUGGCCCUCAACCAGAUCACGCAUAUCCCAGAUUAUGCAUUUGCCAACCUCUCUGCACUUGUUGUACUACAUCUCCAUAACAACCGGAUCCAGAUCAUGGGCAUAAAAUGUUUUGAUGGUUUACAUAGUCUGGAGACUCUGGAUUUAAAUUACAAUGAUCUCCAGGAGUUCCCUGUGGCCAUCAGGACACUGAGUAAGCUACAGGAACUGGGCUUCCAUAACAACAAUAUCAAAGCCAUCCCCGAGAGGGCCUUUGUGGGAAACCCUCAGCUUCAAAGCAUCCAUUUUUAUGAGAACCCCAUCCAGUUUGUGGGAAAAUCCGCUUUCCAGUUCUUACCAAAGUUGCACACACUUUCCCUGAACGGAGCGACCAUAAUUCAAAACUUUCCUGACCUGAAAGGUACAACCAGCCUGGAAGUUUUGACGCUGACUCAGGCGGGUCUCUCUACUCUCCCUCUAGAUCUAUGUGAACAGCUGCCUCGCCUCAGAGUGCUGGAGGUGUCAUACAACCAAAUACAGCAUCUGCCAAGCUUUUCCCACUGCUCUGCACUACAAGAAAUAGGGCUUCAGCAUAACCAAAUCAUAAGGCUAGAGUCCAGCACCUUCAAGCAGCUCGCCUCUUUAAAAACACUUGAUUUGAGUUGGAACAAGAUAGAGUGGAUCCAUGCAGAUGCCUUUGCCUCUUUGCAUUCUUUGCUCAAACUGGACCUGACUGAAAACAGGCUUAGCUCAGUGCCAUCUACAGGCCUGGAGGGUCUCACCCAUCUCAAGCUCAGGGGAAACAUUGACUUAUAUGAUGCCUUCAGCCCUGAUCUCUUCCCUCGUAUCAGGGUGAUUGAGAUGCCAUAUGCCUACCAGUGCUGUGUGUAUGGUUCUUGUGAUAGCUACAAGACAGUGGGCCAGUGGGACACUGAUCAAAGCAACACCGAUGAUGACCCUCACAGGAGAACUUCUGCCAUUUACCCACACCAGGCUGACACACAAUAUGACCCUGAUCUAGAGGAAUUUCAGCUGGAAAUAGAGGAGUCCAAACUUCAGGCCAGUGUCCAGUGCACUCCAACACCAGGUCCUUUCCGUCCCUGUGACUCCCUGAUGGGAAGCUGGUUGGUUCGUGUUGGCUUAUGGACCAUCUCCCUGGUGUCUCUGCUAGGGAACUCUCUGCUGCUCCUCUCUCUAUUCAGCUCCCCCUGCUCCCUGUCGCCACUAAGAUUCACAGUGGCCUGCAUGGGUGCCUCUAAUCUGCUGACAGGUGUUUGUACAAGCACUCUGGCCCUUGUAGACGGGUUAACAAUGGGAGACUUUAGCCACCAUGGUGCCCCCUGGCAAGGAGGGCCUGGAUGUCAGGUGACAGGAUGGGUGUGGGUGCUUGCCUCUGAGGCAAGCGCAUUGCUGCUGACGCUGGCGGCUGUGCAGUGUGGAGUCAAUGUGACAUGUGCCCGAAGCUAUGGCAAACCACCCUCACUGAGAAGUGUACGUAUGUUUGCACUUUUGUGUCUGACUCUCUCACUCAUCCUAGCUUGUUUUCCUCUGCUUGGACUUGGAGAGUAUGGAUCCUCACCUUUCUGCCUACCGACACCCCUACCACCUUCAGGCUCUCAGCUACCAUCUUCCUUGGUCUUUCCCUUAGUGCUCAUUAUGAUUAACACCCUGUGCCUACUCAUAGUAACAUGUUCAUACAUCCGCCUUUACUGGGAAUUACUUAAAGGAGAAUGUGAGGGCCUGUGGGACUGUGCUAUGAUCAAACAUGUAGCCUGGCUAAUAUUCACAAAUGGCCUUCUGUAUGUGCCAGUAGCUUUCCUCUCCAUCUGCUCACUCCUGGGUCUUCUAUCUCUCGGAGAGGAGGUGCUGAAAUCAAUCAUUUUGCUUCUUCAGCCGCUACCUGCCUGCCUAAAUCCCCUACUAUUCCUCCUUUUCACACGACACCACUCCCAGUAUUUUUUCUGGUAUUGCCCAAAAGCACCUCUUCAGCUUCACCGCGACUGCACCAUAGACUCUAUGGUUUCUGUGGAGACAGAGAAGAGCUCCUGCUCUGAAACAUCAACGCAACUGUCUCUCGCUGAUGCUGAUACCCUGUGCAGUAGGGGCUCUACUGUCCACUCUCAAAUGGAUCCAAUUAGAUUUUCCCAGUGCUCCUCUACUUCCUCACUUCCUCUAAUCUCUUGCCAGACACCCAUUGUCAGAGAUAAAGACCGAGUAAGAGAACAAGGGAGCCUUGACGACAAAGGAUGUCUGAAGACUUUGAAUCAAGAUAUUUGCAACAAUUGCCCAAUGCAUCGCUCAACCAUGACUCACUAAUCUACCAAGCUAACUGCCUAUAAAGCUGGGGCAUUAGACACUCACAGGUCAUCAUGUAGAGCGGCAGGAGAACCAGUUCUGGGCCCAAGUCCACAAAGAACCUCUCAAUGGGACCAUGUUGAACUGUUGAGUACUCCUGAGAAGUGAUGCAUGGUAGAAUUUCUCUGAAAAGGGAAAGUUCAACAAGCCGUUCCUCUGCAAUAAGGAAUUAAAAUACCAUUAUGCAAACAAAAAGGACAAUUUGAGAACCUAUCCAGUGGACUGCAUCAGUCGCAGACUUGCAUAUCUUCGAGAAAGAUCCAGUAAAAGCUGAAAGCCAUCCAUUAAAUUUAAGAUGCCUUGAACUUGUAGUAGGGUGGACUUUAAAUAUAUCAAGAACAGAGUUGUAUGUAUAAAUGUUAUAUCACAAUGUGAUUUAUCAUGGGCAUGCAGUUUCAAAGUCACACAUUGCCUGAUUAUAAUUAACUAUAUUUGUGUCUAUUCCAACUUUUGUUUUACUGGAUAAUAAAGGGAUUCAUUGUCAAGCAUAUCGGUUGAUUAACCAGUGUAAGCUAACAAUCUCAAAUGUGUGCAACCAAUUAAUGUAAUUAAGAUUGUUCCAUCUUAAAUCUGAACUCCAUAAAACAUAAAAAAAAAUAAGAGCCUGAAUGGGAUUUUGCAGUUUAUUUUUAGUGUAGACCAACAGUAUGUACACUAUAUGUAAUGUAACUACCUCUGAAUUAGCAUGGUAUUGACUAGGGAUGCACCAAUACCAGUAUCAGGCGAAGCCUUGUGGCACGGCACGUCUACCACCAAGCUCACCCACCCUGCCCUCCUUAAGCCCACAGGGUACCUGCUUGAUCCAGCCAGUAGCAUUUCUAUAUGAGGUUUAAGAAUAACCCAAGCAAGUUAAAGUACAAACUUGUACAGUGAAACUGUGAAUGGCUCACAAAAUCAACGAUUCCUUUGAUCGCUCCACCAUUACAGUACUUGGGUAACUGUGGCAAUUCUAAAGCGAACACAUAACACUUCAUAAAAAAGAACCACCUGCUCAUUUAUUUUUUUAUUAAUGGAGUCCAAAGUAAAGGGGAGCAAUGGUGUACUAAUGAAUCACUCCAGUUGUCCUGCCAGUUUUAUUUUAUAACUGAAAUACCUUGUGUUACAGACAAAAUUUAAGUGAUAAAUGUGUGGCAAAGCCGUUAGAAAAAAAUAUUCAGUUAGUUUUAUGGUAAUAUGUUAGUAGCGACAAGCUUUUACCCUAAAAAGGUUUGUAUUUGACUGUUACGUACACCGUGUUCAAGAAAAGUUUGUUUGUAAACAAUAUUUGAUUAAAAUUAAACAUUUGCAAGACAAUGGCAUUAUCAAGUAUCAGUAGUUGAUACCGGCGAAUACUCAAAUACUGUAUAAAUACUAGUUUGUACUCAGUCAAAAAAAAUAAAAAUACAAAAAUAAAUCUUAUCAGUGCAUCACUAGUAUCGACUCACUACAGCUUUUAAAUGUUUGUCUCUUUUCCUAUGAUAAAACACCAAAUAUAUUAUUUCAUAUUUUAAGAUCUAAAUCCAUAGUUUGUUUAAAACAAUCCAUUUGUUGCUAUGUAGGGUUGUACAUAUGAUUGUAUACAAAUGAAAAGCAUAUGUCUGAAUAAAACGAUCUAUAUUCUGUACUGCAA